UGCCACUCAAUUCAAUGGCCCACUUUCUCUCCGCACCCCCAUCCACGCAGGUCUCAAUGCCACCCGGUUUCUAGCGAAGACACGCGGCUCAACUCGAGCUAAAACAAGACAAGAUGACCGGUAUCCACGUGGAGGGACUGGCGGCGAUCGCCCUCUUCUACGUUCUGAUCCUUGCGGUGGGGAUCUGGGCAGCGUGGAAGAACAAACACGCCGGGGAGGCGGAGGGCACAGACCGCAGUGAAACCAUCAUGGUCGGCGGAAGGGACAUUGGUUUAUUUGUUGGUGGUUUCACCAUGACCGCGACCUGGGUUGGUGGCGGAUACAUAAACGGAACGGCAGAGUACGUCUAUCUUCCUGGGUACGGCUUGGCUUGGGCACAAGCGCCUUUUGGAUACGCGCUAAGUCUCGUCGUAGGGGGUCUGUUCUUCGCCAAGCCCAUGCGCUCCAGAGGUUACGUUACCAUGCUGGACCCUUUCCAGCAGAAGUAUGGGAAGAGGAUGGGUGGUCUGCUCUUCAUACCUGCUCUAAUGGGAGAGAUCUUCUGGUCGGCGGCCAUUUUAUCUGCUCUGGGAGCCACGCUGAGUGUGAUCAUAGACAUAAACAUCAAGAUGUCUGUGGUGAUCUCUGCCUGCAUUGCGAUCUUCUACACGUUAGUCGGAGGUCUGUAUUCUGUAGCCUACACCGACGUGGUGCAACUCUUCUGUAUCUUCCUGGGACUGUGGGUUUCAGUGCCGUUCGCUCUGAAUAACCCGGCGGUGUCUGACAUCAAGAUCAGUGCAGUGAAGGAGAUCUACCAAGCUCCCUGGAAGGGAAACAUCAAGAGAGAAGACACCUGGGUCUGGAUAGACAACUUCUGUCUGCUGAUGUUGGGGGGGAUUCCCUGGCAGGUAUAUUUUCAACGGGUUCUCUCUGCCUCUUCAGCUACGUACGCCCAGGUGCUCUCGUUCAUCGCCGCUGCAGGGUGCCUGGUCAUGGCCGUGCCCUCAGUAAUGAUCGGGGCUAUAGGGGCCUCCACAGACUGGAACCAGACUGCGUAUGGACCUGUACCUCCCAAGGAGAGGGACCAGGCAGACAUGAUAUUACCCAUAGUCCUCCAGUACCUCUGUCCUCCCUUCGUCUCCUUCUUCGGCCUGGGGGCGGUCUCUGCUGCCGUGAUGUCAUCCGCCGACUCCUCCAUCCUAUCAGCUAGCUCCAUGUUCGCUCGGAACAUCUACCAGCUGGCUUUCCGCCAAUCGGCAUCGGACACCGAGAUCGUGUGGGUGAUGCGUGUCACCAUCUUUGUGUUCGGCGGCCUGGCCACGGCGAUGGCGUUGCUAACGGGGACGGUGUACGGGCUGUGGUACCUGAGCUCCGACCUGGUCUACGUUAUCAUCUUCCCUCAGCUCAUCUCCGUUCUCUUCGUCAAGGGAACCAACACGUACGGCUCCGUCGCCGCUUACGUCUUUGGUCUGAUCCUGAGGAUCGGAGGAGGGGAACCCUACCUCUCACUACCCCCCUUCAUCUACUACCCCGGCUGGCAGAUAGAGGACCGGAUCCAUCAUCUGACUGGAGAGGUGGAACACAUCGUGGUGCAGAAGUUCCCGUUUAAGACCGUCUCCAUGUUGGCCUCCUUCCUGGGCAACGUGGCUUUCUCCUACCUGGCCAAGUAUCUUUUCGAGAGCGGCAAGUUGUUGCCCAAGUAUGACUUCCUGGACGCGGUGUUGGCCCAGCACAGCAUAGAGAACAUGGACAAGACCACGUUGGUCAACCGUAACACCAUCGCGCUGUCUGAGAUGGCAACUGUCAAACCACGACUCAGCGUUCAACUGGCGGCUACGUUCACUCGCAGAGACACUCUGGCUGAGGAGGACUCGAGUCCCGAAGACAGCCCCAACCACGAGACCCUGGACUAAACCCCGGACCUUGAACCCGGAACGUAAAGAGACUAAAGAGAGGACUGAA